GUCCAGGCUCCCUUACACGUACUUGUCCUCCGCAUACUACAACCUACUGUAUAUCUCUCCGACUACCUUCAGCACUCAUCAUUUCCAUCCUGCCUGCCAAUACGUGUGUCAAUUGAACUUUGCUGGUAUAGAGAAACGAUGGCCUCCUCCUCCUCCUCGGAGCAAAAUCAGCAGCAAGCAGCAGCAACGCCGUCCUCAUCUGCCUCGGACUCGGUCCAAUCGAACUCUUGGGAACGGGUUGAGCGGAAAUUCUCCAACAAGUCUGCCAGUGAAUACUUUGAUCCGUGCCAGGAUUUUGCAGACCGGAGUCUGAAAUGUAUGAAACGCAAUGCUUUUGAUAGAGAGAUGUGUCAUGACUACUUCCAAUCGUCAGUGUUGCACUCUGUAUCUGGUGGCUAUUCUCAUCCCUGCAGUCGUUCAACUCUAUUGUACCAUGUGCUGAUUGACUCUCCAGGGCUUAUCGCGACUGUAAAAAGCAAUGGGUGAGUGAAACUUGCUCUAAGUGGUCACCUCCCUUUAUCUUCGCCGGCGCUCAUCUGUCGGAUGCCUUUCCCGGGAGCUUUUGGA